AUGGGAACGAAGGCAGCCAACCGGCGCGGCGGCUUCCGCUCCGCCCUGACGGCGGCGAGGACUCUGACAGCGCCUGGGGCUCUGGCGGGUCUGCGGGCUGGGGGUCGCGAUGCUGAAGGCCAAGAUCCUCUUCGUGGGGCCCUGCGAGAGUGGAAAAACCGUUUUGGCCAACUUCCUGACAGAAUCUUCUGACAUCACUGAACACAACCCAACCCAAGGAGUGAGGAUCCUGGAAUUUGAGAACCCACACGUUACCGGCAACGACAAAAGCACGGGGUGUGAAUUUGAGCUCUGGGACUGUGGUGGCGAUCCAAAGUUCGAGGCUUGCUGGCCAGCCCUGAUGAAGGACUCUCACGGGGUGGCGAUCGUCUUCAAUGCUGACAUCCCCAGCCACCUGAAGGAAAUUGAGAUGUGGUAUUCCUGCUUCGUCCAGCAGCAGUUUUUACAGGAUACUCAAUGUCUGUUAAUUGCACACCACAAACCAGGCUCUGGAAGUGACAAAGGAAACCUGGCUUUGGCGCCCCCCUUGAACAAGCUGAAGCUGGUGCACUCAAAUCUUGAGGAUGACCCAGAAGAUAUCAGAAUGGAGUUCAUAAAGUAUUUAAGAAGCAUAGUCAACUCAGUGUCUGAGAGCAGAGACCGGGAGGAGAUGUCAAUUAUUACCUAACCGGCCUUCACCUAGACGCUUCCGCAUCCCAAAUGAAGUCGAUUUCAGUGCAGAUCUGAAAUCCAUCCACCGACUAAGGUUCUCAUCUCCCUUUGGCUGUAGAAGACAUUUUCCUUGUUUGGCCAAAGGUAACAGUCAGCUGGGGAGUUGACUCAUACCAUCUAUUCUCUGUCCUCAGUUCAGCGGAGAAACUCCUGUUAUUGAAUUCUGAUUCCUUUGCCCCAGAUCUCUCCAGAGAGCUGGAAGACUGAGAUGGUUUUUUUUCCCCUUCACAUUAUGUCAUACUAUAAAAGCUGUGGAAUUGUAACUGUCAUAGCCCAGUGAUACCAACAGUAGUUUAAUCCACGUACAUUGGUUUAAAUGUGAUUUUCAUUCCUUAAUCUGUACAAUUGGCCUAGGAUAUUUUUGAAAAAUAUUAGCAUUUAACCUCUCCAAGAUUUUAUUUUUAUUUAGAUGUCCUUGAUAUCUGGACACAUAUCACACAUAUCACACUGGAAGGUGGAAUACAUAUACAUCUUCUAAAAACAUUUUUUAUUAUCUCAGGGGAAUUUAAUUCUUACAUAUUAUUUCAUGUAAUAUAGGGAAAAACAAUGUUAUGUUGUCAUAACAACCAUUUGUAAAAAUAGUCAAAAGAAUUAAUGCUCAGGCUAAGCAAAUAUGGUGAGUUUAUAGCUUAUUGUACAAGUGAGUUUGUUUUAGUGAUCUUAUGAAUUAUUGUUCUUUCAUAAUUUGUACUUUUUGAAUUUUUUAAUACAGCCAACCUGAAAAUACAUUAAGUCGAUCAAAAGUUAGAUGUAGGGACUUCCCUGGUGCCGCAGUGGCUAAGAUUCCACCUGCCAACUCAGGGGACAUGGGUUCCAUCCCUGGUCCGGAAGAUCCCACAUGCCACAGAGCAGCUAAGCCCGUGAGCCACAA